CAAGACCCAAGGCAAACCCGAGUGGGCAACUCUGAUCCGCUGAACGUGAAGUGAAGUGAACGGUCAUUCUUCGGGCAGAGCUGAGAUCAGAUCACGGGGCGUGGGCUCGGACGGAGCCCCGGCGGAAAGAUCUUUCUUUCUACAUUUAUAUCAAAUUCACAUUUAGUAUAUAUCAGGACACUUAAUUAUAAUGAAUCGAGGAUCGGGAAAGUCGAGUGAUGAGACGCUUAUAGAAAUGGACCGAACUGCUUGGUCCGGCGGUGAAGAAAACAAUGGCUUCCAUACCAAUUCGGACAAAGAGUUGUUUCAACUUGAAAAUGCAGCGGUGGAUAAGCAGCAGCAGAGUAAGGAUUCUGUGUACUUCAGAGAUGGCGUACGGAGGAUCGAUUUUGUUCUGUCUUACAUCGAUGACAAGGAUGGAGAAAAGAAACAGGAUCGAAGGAAGGUGUUUGAGGCUAACUUACAGAAAGCCGGACUUGACCUGGAGACUGAGGACAAAUCUGAGUCGGAAGAUGGAAAGACAUACUUCCUGAAGAUCCACGUGCCAUGGGAAGUGCUGGCAACAUAUGCAGAUGUUCUGAAAAUCAAAGUGCCUUUUAAAGCCAAUGAUAUUCCAGCUAAAAAAGAAGUGCCCAUGAGCUGGCUCUUUACACCCUACCGUCUGCCCGAUCAUGUGAUGCAUCCUGAGCCGGAUUACUUCACCUACACGUUUGACAAGAGCAAGAUUGACUUCUUCCUCAUCGAGGAUAAAGAAACCUUCUUUCCUCCGUCCACGCGGAACAGAAUUGUAUAUUACCUCCUUUCCCGAAUUCCGUACAGUAAAGAAGACAAGGAUAAGAAGGGCAUCAAGAGGCUGCUGAACAAUGGGACCUACACAGCUGCCUUCCCUCUGCAUGACUGUAGGUACUGGACCCGGUCUCGUGAUGCUAACUGUGAGAGCGAACGCUACUCCCUGUAUAAACACUGGGCCCGUUUCAGCCGCUUUUACAAGGAGCAGCCACUCAACCUCAUACGGAAGUACUAUGGAGAGAAGAUCGGCAUCUACUUCGCUUGGCUGGGUUUCUACACAGAGAUGCUGUCUUAUGCUGCAGUUGUUGGUCUACUCUGCUUCAUCUAUGGUGUGGCCACCUUUGACAACAACGUCUGGAGUCAAGAGAUCUGUAAUGACACCAUUGGUGGGCAGAUUGUCAUGUGUCCUCUCUGUGAUAAGAAAUGUGGCUACUGGAAGCUCAGCACAACCUGUAGCUCUUCAUGGCAAUCGUAUCUGUUUGACAACACAGCCACGGUGUUCUUUGCGAUAUUCAUGGGAAUAUGGGUGACUCUGUUCCUGGAGUUCUGGAAGCGGCGUCAGGCCCGACUGGAAUACGAGUGGGAUCUGGUUGACUUUGAGGAAGAGCAACAACAGCUGCAGCUUAGACCCGAGUACGAGAUCAAGUGCACCAGUCGACGGGUCAACCCCAUUACACAAGAGUCGGAGCCUUAUUUACCUGUAACAAGCAAGUGUGCUCGCUCAAUGCUGUCUGGGGCCACCGUACUCUUCUGGAUCUGUCUGAUUAUCGCCAGUAUAAUCGGUGUGAUAGCGUACCGUCUGGCAGUUUUCGCGGCAUUUGCCAGCAUCAUGAAAGACAGCCCAACCAAUAAACUGGAUGUGGUUGGAAGCCUUAUCACACCCCAGUUUGCCACAUCCGUCACUGCUUCCUGCAUCAACUUUGUCAUCAUCAUGAUUCUGAACUUCCUGUAUGAGCGCGUAGCCAUUAAGAUCACCGAUAUGGAGGUUCCUAAAACCCAUGUGGAGUAUGAGAACAAGUUAACAGUGAAGAUGUUCCUCUUCCAGUUUGUCAACUACUAUUCCUCCUGCUUCUACGUCGCCUUUUUCAAGGGCAAAUUUGUGGGUUACCCUGGCAAAUAUGCCUACAUGUUCGGCGAAUGGAGUGGGUUGAGAAAUGAAGAGUGCGAGCCAGGCGGCUGUUUGAUUGAGUUAACCACUCAGUUAGUGAUAGUGAUGGUGGGUAAACAGGUUUGGGGGAACAUACAGGAAGCGCUCGUCCCCUGGUUGCGUAACUGGUGGGUGAGCAGAAGUGCUCGGAAUCAUCCGGAGAGUCUGUACAGUCGCUGGGAGCAGGAUCAUGACCUCCAGAGCUUCAGUCAGCUUGGCCUCUUCUACGAGUACCUGGAGAUGGUUGUUCAGUUUGGCUUCAUCACCCUGUUUGUGGCCUCUUUCCCGCUGGCUCCUCUGCUGGCUCUGAUGAAUAAUAUCUUGGAAGUGCGAGUGGAUGCCUGGAAAUUCACUACCCAGUUCCGCAGACCCGUGGCAGCAAAAGCGCACAGCAUUGGUGCAUGGGAGGAGAUCCUUAACAUGAUCGCCGUUUUCUCAGUGGUCACCAAUGCUUUCAUUGUCUCAUUCACUUCGGACAUGAUCCCUCGGCUGGUGUAUCUGUAUGUGUAUCACCCGGGUACUGAGAUGACUAUGGAUGGAUACAUCAGCAACAGCCUUUCAAUCUUUAACAUCUCUGAGAUUCCAAUUGAAAACCGUCCAGAGGAUGGCGAGAACCCAGAUUGGUUUGACAGCUCCAACAUCACCACCUGCAGGUACCGUGACUACCGCCACCCUCCAGGACACGAGAAACAGUACAAUCAUACCAUGCAGUUCUGGCACAUUCUAGCUGCCAAACUGGCAUUUAUCAUCAUUAUGGAGCAUGUGGUGUUUGUGGUGAAGUUCUUUGUGGCGUGGUUGAUCCCCGACGUGCCAUCAGAAGUGAAAGCUCGUGUAAAGCGUGAGCGCUACCUCAUCCAGGAGUACCUGCACGACUAUGAGCUGGAAAAGCUCAAAGUCCAGCUUAGCCAGAACGGCCAGAACAUUGACCAGUGCACAUGUCCGACCACAGCCUCCUCGCCUAUGAACGUCGAGGUGGUAUCAGACUGUCUGACCUAACACAGGCCUAUCUGACCCCACAAGCACCUGAAAGCCAGUGAGAGAGGCUUACACUAAGCCCAUGUGACAAACCAGUCCUCUCUCUUUCAACACAAAGUCAUACGCCACUAGUUCCUAAUAUCUCAUGUUUUUUGUGUUGGAUAAUCUUUUCACACCACAUUCAUUGUUUGGGGUAUUCCUUGAUAAAUCACUCCCAUAUUAUGUCUCCCUCAUUGUCAGCCAUAUGAUGCCAACAUAAAGGAAGCAUCCAAUAGAUCUGAGUUUGUAUGAUAGAAUAAGAGAUUCAAAGUAAAAAUCUAUUUAUGUGCAGUAGACAUAUCUAAAGCCACAUGAGUUCAGCUGUAACUCAUUUUCUGUCUAUGCAGAAUGACACUUGCACUUGUCAAGAACAAUCAAGUCUUCUUUCUCCUUCCACGUCCUUGUUCUCUGUUGAUGUUGCCAAUGUCUUCUAUAAGACACUACAAACAUACAGUACAGGCUGUUUAUGUUCUUUAAGAAACACUGUGUGAAAAUCAGGCAGCUGAAGCGUCAGUCAAAAAUGUCAUAGUUAGAAAUGUAAACCAGACAUUUUCUUGACAGGUUUGUGUGUCUCACUCUGAAUUACAACAAGAAUGUCUCCUUCACACAGCGUCGGAACACAAGUACUCAGCGACAAUUAAGAUGUUAUUGUUUAGAAUGCCUUUAAGCUACCAAAGAUAAAAUGCCUUAAAAUCAUAGUCAUAUGCAUGGAUAUUAAAAAUGAGACUUUAAUAUCAAACACUUCUAUUUACUUUAUGUUCAGAAUUCAUGUAAAAAGAAAUUCAUAAUAUCUAAAAAGGGUUUUCAGGAAAAUUGUAAUUUUAUGUAAGUUGUUUCUUAUUAUGUACUAGUGUUUUUGUUUUUUUUAGUAAAUUUAGUGUAUUUUCUUUUAUGAUUAAAAUUUAAGACAAAAACUGGCACUCAAAUUAUUUAGCAGUAUUAUUUCAUAGAUUGCAGCAGAGCCAAUACUCAUAUAUAUAUGCACACUACACAGUGCUGUUUGGGUGAUGGUGUUUAAUUUUCACUCACGCUAUUUAUAAAGCAGUUGUCACUCUGUUCAUAUAAGAUAAUCUGCACUUUAAAGCUAUACGGUGAUGCGCAGGAAAUCUUCUCAAAGCCAAAGUUGCUCCUGUGAUUUAAAUGGCCAUGUUAAAAAGCUAAUAUCUUUUUAAUGUGCCUUUGUUUGUCCAAAUAUAAAAUCCAUGCUGAGUGAUUGUUUGUACUUCCUUUCCAAUUAAUUUACUGUUUUGUCGAGGUCGGAGAAGGACAGUCACUUUGAUUUUAUGUUUUGCACAAAGCACUUAUUGAGAAGUAAUUAAUCUCAGUGUUAUGGAGCAAUAUGUGUGGACAAAGAAACCUUGUGAAUCUCCAUAAUUAUGAAAUGAUCAUUUGGCGUUGGACUAAAAGCUUCAGAAACUUCAAAUCAAAUGGUUGUAAUGAGGACCAUAAAGAGUUGAUAAUUUGACAUGUAUAUAUGCUAAUGAUGAUGGAAAGUCAUAGCAUGUGCAUUUUGCUGUUAUUUGUGACUUGAAUAUUUAAGUUGGAAAUUAUGAUAUUUUUGUUGAAAGUCUAUGGUUCUGUUAUGAAGAAUUUGAUCAUUGUUUUAUCAUUUGAAGAACUGUUAUUCAUGCCGUUUGAAUAUUUCACUGUUGAUUUAUGUAACUAACUAUGUGCAAGCUGUGCUACAAGAUGAAAAGCCAUUUAUCAUAAAACAUCACCUGGACUUUUUAGAGUUUCAGCUAGAUGUUGAAGUUCUAGAGUGGUUCUGGGUGAUCAAAAUGAUCAACAUUUAUGCCUUAACCUUUAUCUGUUUUUCUUGAUGAUUACUGUUUUAAGUUGAUUUUAUGCAUGUUAUUUUGGAGGUGGAUAUGAAUCUGAGUGUUUUUCUCUACUGCUAAUGUACCAGAAAUGUACUCAAUUUUUCAUACUUUAAGCAAUCCAAAUAAAAUAUUGAAUCCACAAAUUCAA